CCUCUUUGGUUCCAACAGUCAUUUAUGUCCAUACAAAUUGCAUUACCUCACCAAGUGAAAAUGCCUCCUCACCCCCUACAAUCUCCCAUCCACUGUUUCCAUGGCGCCCGCCUCUGCGAUUCCUCAGAAUUUUCCUUUCUCUCUUCCCAAUCACAACCGUUCAAGAUCCUUCUUCCAAGACGGUCCCAAUUCUGCAAAAAAACCCACUAGAAUCCAUCCAAAAAUACGUACAGUUGCUUUCAAUGGCGUCCAAAUCAAACACACCCAGCGAAACUUCCUCGAACCUUCACUACCCAUUAGAGUUCUGGUACCUCACUCCAUGUUUUUGCAAGUGGGUCCUCGUAAAACUCACUCUGCUCCCAGAAUCCAGGCCAAAUCAAUGGGUUCAGACAGUAGUUCUGCUUCUACAAGCCUUCAAAGUGUGUCUGGUAUAUUGCAUUUGAUUGUCUCGCUUGGGAUUAUACUCACAAUGGAUAAGGUCUUGAAAAAGGCGUUUAUGGCAGCUGCAAUUAAAUUCCCAAGUGCUCUUUUUGGGAUGUUUUGUGUGUUCACCAUUCUUAUGGUUCUUGAUUCUACUGUCCCCGCUGCUGCAACCAGUUUGAUGAACUUUUUCGAGCCUGCGCUUUUGUUUAUCCAGAGGUGGCUUCCAUUGUUCUAUGUUCCUUCAUUGGUAGUAUUGCCUCUUGCUGUUAAAGAUAUCCCUGCUGCUUCUGGGAUUAAGAUCUGUUUCAUCUUAGUUGGAGGCUGGCUGGCUUCACUUUCUGUUGCUGGUUAUACAGCUAUAGCCGUGAGAAAAAUGGUAAAAACAGAAAUGAUACCUGCUGAGCCUAUGUCAAAACCUUCUCCUUUUUCUCCCUUAGAGGUGUGGAUCUGGAGUGGGACUUUCAUUGUAUCAUUUGUUGCUGCACUUUUUUACCCAACAGUACUUGGAACAAACGCUAGAACAUGCCUGCCUUUCCUACUUGCAUCCACUGUGCUGGGCUAUAUGGUUGGUUCUCGGUUGCCAGCUGGUGUGAAAAAGGUUUUCCAUCCAAUUAUUUGCUGUGCACUAUCUGCAGAUCUAGCAGCUUUUGCAUUUGGUUAUCUUUCUCAUUCUGGAAUUGAUCCUGUUCUAGGACAUUACCUCACAAAGGCCUCAUCUAAUCCUGGAGCUGGUGACAUUCUAAUGGGAUUUUUGGGAUCUGUUAUUAUCUCCUUUUCCUUUUCAAUGUUCAAACAGAGAAAGCUUGUUAAGAGGCAUGCCGCUGAAAUUUUUACGUCAGUCAUCAUUGCAACAAUAUUCUCAUUGUAUUCUACUGCUCUCAUUGGACGCCUGGUUGGGUUAGAACCAUCUUUAACCAUUUCAAUUCUACCCCGAUGUAUAACUGUGGCGCUAGCCCUCAGCAUUGUGUCUUUUUUCGAAGGUGCCAACUCAUCUCUCACAGCUGCUGCUGUUGUAUUAACUGGUCUGGUUGGAGCAAACUUUGUGCAAGCAAUGCUUGAUAAACUUCGCUUUGACGAUCCAAUUGCUCGAGGAAUUGCAACUGCAUCUAGUGCUCAUGGACUGGGAACAGCGGCAUUGUCAGCAAAGGAACCCGUGGCUCUUCCAUUUUGUGCCAUUGCUUAUGCUCUCACCGGUAUAUUUGGCUCCCUCUUUUGCUCAGUUCCGGCUGUCAGACAAAGCUUGCUCGCGAUAGUUGGUUAGAAUAAUCAACACCUCAAACAGUAUUUUGUUUUGGUUAUUGGUAAUUGUAAUUAUUUUCUUUGAUUAGAGUUCCUACCAUUGUACAAAAUUGGUUUUAGACAAAUUUUGAGAGAAAAAUAACACCUUAUUGAUUGACUAAUAUAA